GAAAGGUGACAAUACAUUUCGUGUAUGUCAAGAAUGUGAUUUCUUAAAGAUUUAGUUUAUGAGAUAUAGAGAUGAAAUUAAAAGGAAGGUUGUUGUAUCAUUCAAAACCAAUCACUUUGAUGGCGAGGAUUCUUUAGAUAGUUAUUUUGCUUCAGCCGUUGAGAAGUGGACAAAUAGUAGUUCAAGUGAACAGUUCAUUGCAUUUCGAAGGAAGAUCGCUCCAUACGUCUUAAGCCUGAAGUUAAUUAUUUUUCAUCAAGAUUUAAUAUGUCAAGAGCUGAAAACAUUUUGGGAACAGUUAGGUGAUACUUGUUUGCCACCAGCUUUAGAUCUAGUCGCUAAUUUGGCAUGUGAUAUUAGGGAGGACUUUUUCAACCACAUUGAUGAUUUUUUACCUCUGGUUGUUAGUGCUGUAAUAAGAAAUUCGAAGAAUGCAGAGUUUCUGGCUCAUUGUUUCGAGUGCUUGUCACAUUUGUGCCUUGGAGCUGUGUUAGUAGAAAUGUUGUCAGGUGUCGGUGAAAAAGUGCAUACGACUUCUUUGGAGAUUCUUCCUUGUUUAUUAGAUUCUCUGUUUAGCUUAAGCUGCGAUAGUAAACAAUCUGUACAGUUGGAUUGUGAUAGCCACAAAAAUGAAAAUAACCCACCAGAUGUUAGCAAUGCCUCCAUGAAGAUGACAAGUCCAGUGAACGACUGCUGUUCAGUUUCGAAAAGCGUUAUUGCUGUCAGUUAUUCACUGUCACAAUUGGUAAAGCGGUCUCCAUCUUCUGAACAAAUAAACUACGUUAUUCAACAUUUGGCCCGUCAAUGUCAGCGCUUAUCAUCUUCUCCUAAUCUUCAGUAUUUUCGCGAAUAUCUCACACUUCUGACUAGUUUCAUCCAGUCACUUGCGAAAUCUGAAUUUAUGUCUUUAUUUGAAGAAAAUAUUAGCAAGAUCCUUAUAACUUUGAACAACUGUUAUUCAUCACCAGACGUGCUCAACUUAUGUUGCGUUUUCCUACAGUCUGUAUCUACAAGAUACAAUCCUUAUGACUUCGUAAAAUCAGUAAUUCAGUGUAAAACUCAAACAUUAGAAAGUCGGUUUGAACUUUUGAAAAACUUGGCAAAUUGGCAAUACUUUGAUAGAGAUGUUUCACCAAAUAUUAUACAUCUACUCUUGGAUAUUCAUAAUCUUCGUAAUGCUAAUCUUCCUUCUCCGUGUACAUUGUGUAUAUUUGAUGCAUUGUUUCGAAUAGGACUUGUGAAAGAAUUAAUCCCAUUUGAAGAUGAUGUCAUUUGUGAUUUCAGCUGUUUUUCUAUCGAUUUCACUUAUAUUGUUGGUUCAAUUUAUGAUGAUACAACAUUGAGGUCCGAUGUUCGUGAUAUUAUUGAUUGGUUUGUAUCACCACUUCGUUUACUUUCAGAACGUAAUAUCACAAUUGACAAAAAGUGUUGUGGAUGUAGAACUGAAUUACAAGUUCCUUUAUCAAUCCCAAUAUUUUGUUUACCACUAAUUAGACCAUUACCGGUGGAAAAUAUUUUAAAAUUAUUGGCUAAUACAUUAACAACACUUGUAAAUACUCUACAUUGUUCUACUGAGUUCAGUUCAGAAAAUAGAAUAACCAUAGAAAACAAAGAGCGAUUAUUCCAAAUGAUGGCAGUCGUACAAGCUGUACAAAAACUUCAAUUAUGCACAAAUCAUUGUAACACAUCUUUUCAAAUUACUCCUGAUGAAUUAUCCUUGAAACAAUUGAUUUCACUAGCCAAAUCUUAUCAUAAUUUAUAUCCAGAAUAUUGUUGUAUCCUCUUACGUAUUAUUGAUAUUCUCGUUCAUUUAUUGAUUACUAAUAAUGAUUAUAAACAAUAUCUAUUCAAUCAUCAAGAUAUUCUAUAUGGAAAUUUAUUACCAUUGUUAAUGUCUUCAAGUCAUCAGAUAAGAUUACAUGUUCUAAGAAUUCUAUUCGUAAUCAAUGGUGGUUUAAGCAAUUCCACUGAUAAUAAUAAUAAUUGUUCAAAUGAUGAACAAUAUAACUCUACUGUACAAAAUAUUAUUGAAAGAUGUUUAAAAGCUGAAAAAAUACAACUUGGACAUCAAACUGUACGUGAUUUUCUAAUGCAUAUACUUCAAUUACAUGCUGAUCGUGAUGUGAAAUAUUGUCGACAAGCCGCUGAGAUUGCUAUUCAUUAUUUAUUUGGUCUACUUCAUGUUCAAUUCACUGCUAUUUGGUCUCCAAUAAAUGAGGCUAUUGCAAGUUAUUGUGAAUCAAAUUCAUUAUUAAAGAAAAAAUCUAUUAAACAUGAAAAUUCAUCUCAUGAAUUAGAGAUUAAAGAGAAAAAUUGGAAUAUUGAAUGUAGAAAUUUAUUCUGGAGUGUAUUUCAACCAUUAUUAAUGGAUACAGAGACAAAAAUUGCUCAUAACAACAAUGAGGAUUUAUCAAAUGUUUCAGAUUCUAAAGAAACAAAUCUGUACACAUGUUCAUAUGAAACUGCCAUCAUAUGGUUCACAUCAAUUCGUCCAGAUUUAUAUAGUGUACAAAGAAAAACACCUAAUAAUCAUUGGUUAGUUAUUGAAUCGAGAAAAUGUCCAGAUUGGUUAUCUUAUCGAUUAUGUUUAUGGCAGUGUUUACGUUGGAAAAUCGCUGCAAAAUAUACACAUUUUCUUACACCAUUAUUAUUGAAUAUAAUUAGUUCUGCUAUUCAAUCUGGUUUAAAUAAGUCAACAGAACAACUUCUAUUGACUAUCCUGAAUUUGUACUCUCAAUUCAAUAAUAUCAAAUCAAUUUAUAUGGAGAAAGAGUUCAAACAAAAUAUUUACCAAUUAUUAAAAUUUAAACAACCCACUGUACAAAAUGCAGCAUUCAAAUGUUUACUGGCUUAUAAACAGUCGGCAAUUAAUAAUUAUCAAGAACAAAUAGAAAAGAUUAUUAAUCCACAAACAUUUCGUGAUGCAGUGCGAACAUUUCGACUGGACACAUCUUUGUACUCUUCGGAACAUCGUGAACAAAUUGGUGAAGUUUUGUUACGUAUAUUAUACGGUCGAUUACAAUUGUCCAAAGGUCAAUUCACAUCAGCUGUAUUCACUAAUUUAGCACAAUAUACAAAUUCUGAAUUGAAUUUAUUUCUAAGCUUUUUAUUAGAUCCAUUUGUCAAAGAAACAGAAUGUAUUCAGUUGUCUACCAGUACUUUUAGUUCUACCGCCAUCUCAUUAAGUGAUUGUAUUCAAUCGGCUCGACAACGUGUUCAACAUACAAUUGAUGGUAAAGAUACAUUAUCCUGGUCUCGAUUACAUGCAUUAUCACAAAUUAUCAAUCAAACAUUAAAUUAUAUGGGUCAUCGUUUAAAUAUUGUCCAUUUAAAUGAGAAUGAAGACGAUCUUGUUGAGAAUUCCAAUCCAAUAGAACUUUCCAAUAAUAUUCAACGUGCUGAUAUUCUAUUACGUUUAGCACUAUCUUUAUUAGCUAUGGUGUACGAAGUAAAAAAGAUUAAAUUAGAAUCAACUAAUCAUAAUCAUAAUCGAUUACCUUUAACAUCUCAAUUAAAAGCUGUACGUUUAGCUGCUAUCAAUUUACUUGUCCAUUUAUUCUCAUCCAAUUGGUUAUGUGAAAUUGAAUUUUGGGGUAAAUCAACGAUCACUAAUCAUGAUCUGGAUCAAAUUGUUUCGUCAUCAUCAUCUUCACCAUCAUCAUCAGCAGCAGAAGCGGAAGCAGAUCGUUCAAUCAUUGUCAAAGAAAUUUGUUGUAAUACAUUUCUAUUAAAUGAUUUAAUUCAUAGUUCUACAUUAUCAUUAAAUCAUUUAAUUAUACAAUUAUGUUAUAUAUGGUCUAAAUCAACAAUCUAUAAUGGGUAUUUAUGUAAGAAAUUUUUUAAUCAAUCAUUAUUGGAUACAUUAUUUAAAUUAUUAAAUAUGAAUAUGAAUACUACUAACAAUACUACUAAUCAUACUACUAAUACUAAAUUGAAAUUGAAGAAUGAGAUUAUUGAAAAGCUUAUAGAAAUUAUCCAUAAUUUAACAUUUCUACCUGAUGUAUCCACUACAGGUCGUGUAUUAUUACAAUCUUUCCAUUCGGAAUUAGUCAAUUAUUUAAAUAAACGUUUACAAGAAUUAUGUCAAGUGAAAUCGACAUUUUUUGCAAAUCUUGGCAAAAAACCACAAUCAGGUUUACGUUUACAACGUGAAUUUCAAUUAGUCAGUUAUUUAGCUCAGUUACCUUCUCAUUCAAUCAGUAAUAAUCAUGCAGUUAUGAAUCAGCAUACCAAUAUAAAUUGUUUGACAUCAGUUGAUAGUGAACGAUUACUUCAAGCAUUAUUACAAUUACUUCAACGUUCAUCAAUUCGUUCAUUGCGUAAUACCACUUUGACCACUAAAUCAGCAUCAUUUAAACAUCGUGUAGCUAAUAAUCUCUUAGUGAAUUCAGAUGAAUCAGCUAUACGUUAUGAUUUACAGAUGGCUACAGGUGAAGUGGUUGAAGCAGAACUUAUACAAUCUAUUCUUCAUCUUGUACAGAUUACAACUAAUAUUACUGAAUAUUUAAAAAAAAUAUUGGAUUUAUUUGUUUGUUCUAAAUCACGUAUUGCUCGUAGUCUCCUAUGUCAAGUAGUCGGUGUUUGUACAUCACGUUUAACAAAUUGGCCAAUGAAUCUAAUUGAAAUGAUUGAGAAGUUGAAUAAGAAUACUAAAGAGGAUAGUAAAGAAGAAACUGAUCAAGUUAAUAAUAAUUUAAGAUAUUUCAAGAAAUAUUUAUCAGAUCAUAAUCAAUCAACUGAUGCCAUUAAUAAUCUAACUCAAAAUGUACUAUUAAUGUUAAAUUCAUGGGAUCUUACCCAUAUUGAUCAACCAGAUAUUCAUCAACGUGCUAAUGGUUACAAUUUACUUAUUGAAUUAUGUAUAUUAAUAAAAAUCAAUAAUCCACCAGAACAAUUAUUAUAUUUACAUCAAGCUGGUUUAAAUUGUGCUAUUUAUACAAUAAGUCAUGAUGAAUUACAUUUACGUGAUAUUGCAUUAGAUUAUACAAUACAUUGUAUUGAAUCUAUUCAAUCGAGAUUAUUAAUGAAACAAGAUCAAGAUCCAAAUGUUACCAUAGAUACAGAUCAAUAUUAUCAUGAAUUAAUUAUUAAAGGUUUAUGGUUAAAUUUAAUGAAAUAUUUACAAGAUAUAAGUGUAUUAUCUAGUACAAAACGUUUACAUUUAUUACGUUUAUUAAAUUGUAUUAUACGUACAUAUCAAUUAAGGAGAAGAUUUUAUUCAUUAGCAUUAUUAUUAGAUAAUUAUUCAAUGAAUAAUGAUUUUUAUAUGAAUUUACAAAGUGGUACAUUAAUACGUCAAUGUUGUGCAAUACGUCGUUUAGCAUUAUUUUUACAUAAUCCAUUAACGAUUAUAUCACGUCGUCAAUUGAAUAAUCAUUCCUUAGCAACUAAUAAUCACAGUAACAAUAGGGGUAAUAAGAACAAUUUUCCUAUAUCACAAAAAGAUUUACGUAAUAUCUUUUUACCAAUUAUAUGGUUUUAUUUAGAAUCAGAAUUCAAUUCAUCUAUUGAUUAUAAUAGUACUAAUAAUUUAUCAGAUAAUCAUAAAAAAUUAAUUGAUUAUUGUUUAGAUGCUAUAGAAGGGAUAGCAAAACAUUUUGAUUGGAAAUAUUAUCGAUUUUUAAUAGAAUCAAUAAUUCAUCGAUUAAAUACAUGUAUAAAUAUUCAUUUAAUAUCACAAAUUAUGAUACGUAUAAUUGAUGCAUUUCAACCACCAAAAUGGAAUACUUCAAUAGAUACUAAUGAUGAUGACGACGGUGACGACGAUAGAGAACAAAUGGAUGAUGAAGAAACCAAAGAAAAGAAACAAGAUAUUGAUGAUCAUUUAAAGAGGAAACAAAAAGUUUGUACUGAACAAGGAGAAAAUUCAAUGAUUCUUAAUUAUAUGCUUAAUGUGAUUAAACGAUUAGAACCAUUUAUCAUUAAACCAAUAAAAACUAAUAAUACUACUGAAUUAAUGAAUAAUAAUAAUCAGCAUCAAAAAAAGGAUAAUAAUAAUCAGAAUCAGAAUCAACCAUUGAAAAUCUCAUUAGUUAUAUCAUUAGUGAUGUUGCUAAGACGUUUACCAUCAGGAUAUCUUGAAUCACGUUUACCUCAUCUUAUUUUACGUAUUAUGGAUAUUUUAAGACCAUCACGUGAUAUACAUUAUGAAAUACGUUAUGAAGCAAUCAAAUCAUUAUCACGUAUUGGACGAUUAUUAGGUCCAAGUAAAGGAUUAAAUAAAUUAUUUGAUAUUGUUCAUCAACAAUUAGAUCGUGGUGGUUAUACAUAUUGGCAAGUAAGAUUAUAUACAUUACAUCGUGUAUUCAAUGAAGUAGAACAAGCUAUCAUAUCCGGUGAAGUAUCUUAUAAAUCUGGUCAAUUAGAUUAUAUUGGUCGUAUUAUGAGUCGACUUUAUUUAGAUGAAAUGAUUGGACGAUUAGCUGAAGAAAUUGAUUCAAGACGUUCAGCUAAAUUAUCAAAUACAAAUAAUAAUGAAUUAAAUGGAUCUAUUCCUAUGGAUUUACCUGAAGGAAAUGGAUUUAAAUCUCCAGAAGGUGUUACACGUUUAUGUAGAUUAUUAUCAAAUGAAGGUAUUAUUCAAUUAUUUACAGAUAUUAAAAUGGCACUUCAUUGUGCUGCAUCCGGUACUUCACUUGGAUCCAUAUUCAAUAAUAAUAAUAAAUCAUCAUCAUCAAAUGAUUCUGUCGGUUGUGGUAUACGAUUUCGACAUAAAGCAUUAGCUAGACUUGAAUGUACAUUAACACGUCUUCCAAUGAAAACUGGAUUAUUUUCUAAUAAAUAUAUUCAAUCUCAUUUAAAUCUUAUUAUUGAAUUAUUUCAACAAUUAGUUCAUGAUAAUCUUGAAGAAAUUACAAUCAGUAAUCUAGAUUUCAAUGAAACCAAUACAACAACAACAACAAUCGAUAAUGAUCAGCAUAGUAACAUGAUCACCGGUUGGUAUCCAUCUCAAUCGAAAUUAUUAGAACCCCGUUGGAAAUAUUUAGAAUUAGAUUAUGAACCAAAACGUGAAUAUCAUUCAUUGAUUACACAAUCUGGUUUAAAACAAUCAUAUUUAUUAGUAUGUUGUGGUUUAUCAUUAUUUAUUGGCCUGAUACGUUAUCAAUGGUUAAAACAAGAUCAAUUAGAUCAAUUACAAUUAUUAAAUCAAUUUCUUCCAUCGAUUAUUACAUGUCUUCAAUCGAAAUAUAUUCAAGUUUUAAAUAUCACUAUUAAAUGUAUACGAUUAUUUUUAUUGAUUACAUCAUCCAAAUCAAUAAUCAAUCAAAUAUCGAAAUUUUCUGAAUAUAUCCAUAUAAUUGGUAAUCAAUUAUUUAAUCUAUUAAGUAAUCAAUCAUAUUUAUUCUCAAAUAAAAUUGGAUCGAUUAGUUGCCAUGCACAAUAUUUCACCAAGAAUUUAUAUCGUACAUUAGCUUUAUUAGUUAAUCAUCAAUCUAAUUAUCCAUUAUCUAAAGUACAAUUAUUAACCUUAUUAAAUAUUGUUGAUAUUGAAUUAACGCAUAAUCAAAAUGAAUCAAUGAAUUCAUCAUUAACAUUAUUCAAUUCAAUAUUAAAACGUCGUUUACGUGAUCCAAUUAUUCAAACCAAUGAGAAUGAUACUUUAACUUUUAUAAAAGAUCCUAAUUUAUCAAUCAAUAAUGAAGGAUUAAUUAUUGCUAAAUUAUCCGAUCAUAAUUAUGAUCCCAAAACGGGUAGUGGUGGUGGACAACGUUUACUCAAUCUAUUUUAUCGAUUACAAUUAUUAUCGAUUACAUCAUCAUCGGAACAAAUACGUAAAGAAUCAUGUAAUUGUUUAAUAACAUUUUUAUUAAAUUAUCCGCAUCAAUUAAAAUUUCUACAACAAUUUAUACAAUUUUAUAUAAAACAAUUAGAAUAUAAAAAAUCAAUUGGACGAUUAUCAGCAAUUGAUUUAUUACAUCAUCUUAUUGAUCAAUUACCAAUUACACGUUUUAUUGGUAAACAAAAUCAAUAUUUAGAUGAAAUGAUCUUUUUAAAUGUUAGCGUUGCUAUUGAACGUGAAUCAUCAAGGAAAUGUCGUCGGAUUUUAUUAAAUUUUCUUAAUUUAUUAUUUAAUAAAUUACCAUUAGAUUUAGUACAUAAUUAUUUGAAUGAUUAUGUAAUAGGUUUUUUAACUGCUCCACCAAUAACAAGAUGUUCAGCACGUUUACUUAGUUUACAAAUCAUUAUCACAUUAUAUAAUAGUCCAUUAAGCUUAGUGAUUAAACAAUAUCGUAAUCAAUUAAUUGAUAUUAUCAGUAAUGAUAUAUUACCAUGUGGUAUGAUCCAAUUAGAUCGAUUGAUACAAUCGAAUACAUUAUUAAUGAUAUCUACUGGUUUAAAUGAAUUAUAUAAUAAGAGAUCUAUGAAAACACCAAAAGAAGAAUGUAAUUUAUCAAAAAUUAUAAAAGAGGAUGCUAAAUGGAUGAGUGAAAUAGAAUUGCCUACAAAUGUUUAUUCAGACGACGACGACGAUGAUGAUAAUGAUGAUGAUGCUUCGAAAUUGUCAAAAGAUCAUAAUGAAGAAGAUAUAGAUUUCAGUGAUGAUGAUGAUGAUGAUGAUGAAGUUGACAAUGUAGAUUUAGAUUAUGAUGAAGAUACAAAUGUUGAUCCAUUUACUUCUGCUACAUUUAAUAAUGAAAAUAUUGAAAAUAAUAAACAUUCUAAUGAUACUAUACAAUCUCAUUCAACAUCAUCUAACAAAGAACUUAAAUGUUCAAAAUCGGCUAUUGACAACCAAUAUUUCUUAGUUGCUCAUACAUUAGAGCAUGCUUUAAAAUUGGUUUAUCAGUUAAUCACUGAAUCAACAACAGUAGAUUCAUCGAAUACAUCAGAUAACAAUAUCAAUACAUAUAUAUCAUCAAUUAAAUUAUCCUCAUUUUGGCGUAUUCUAUUAAAUGGACCUAAAUAUAAUAAUAAUAAUAAUAAUCAAUUAUGUCUAAUCACUGAAUUUCAAUCAAAGAAACAUCGUAAGAAAUUGAAUAAACGUCGUGAACAAUAUAGUACAUUAUUCUCUAUGGAAACAACAACAACAACCACCCCCACCCCCACCACAACAACAAAGAAUAUAGAAAAUAAAACUAAAAAAAUGAGUUUAUUAAUUGUAGGACAUCGUGAAACACGUGAAUGGGCAACACGUUGUUUAAAUUUAUUAUUAAAAUUAGAAAUCAUUACAAAUCAAGAUCGUUUUAUAAAACAACUCAAUGAGAAUAAUAAUAAUAAUAUAGAUACUGAAUUAUCUGGUUUAAAUGUUCGAUCAGCUAUAUUUAAAAAAUUACAAAAAAAUAAAACAAAUUUCAAUAAAGUAUUACAAAGAAUACUAAACGACUCAUUAUUUCAAUUGGAAGUUGAUGCACGUGUACCUAUUUCAGAAGAAUGGUCAAAUGCGUUAUUAUCUAAUUUAAUUUAUCUUGGACAAUUAUUACAUUUAAGUGUUGGACGUAAACCAGUAUUGAGAAUAUUUCGUAUUGCUAAUAAAAUUGCAUUAGAUGAAUUAAACAAUAGACCACAAUAUUAUUGUCAAAGGCUGCUGGCGUUGAAAUUGACUACCGGCCUUUUAUUACGUCUACCCCAUCCGAAUACAACGCAACUAUUUGAUAUGUUCUCACUAAAUACUCAACCUUCAAGUGGUUCUGACAAUCAAUCAGAUGAAAAUCCAUCCGUUGAAAAACAAGUUCCAGCUUAUUUCGCCUACUUAAGAUCUGCUUCGAAAUUAAUAAGUCGAGAAUUCCGUCAGCGUGAACGAUUAGCUUUUACAGCAGCUUCAUCGUUAGCUUCAGCUGUCAACGAUGAUACAACAGAUAUUGGCGCUAGAAUACGACUACGUGGUAUGCAUCUUUCUAGAGAACUUACGGUCAGAGCGAAAUCAAGACAAAGAAGAGCACAGGCUCGCCUUCGUCGUGCACUCAUGUCAGGUACAAUUAGACCAGAGAGUGCGAACAGUCUUGUUGCCUCUGUAUCAGCUGGAAUGGCAAAGGCAGGACCUGAUCAAUUAGUUGAAUUAAUUGAGUCAACUGAAUCUGCUCUCACCCAAGAACUUGGUGGUGGAAAUCACCAACUCAUUCAAAUUAUAUGCAGUCGUGCAUCGUUAGGCGCUCGUGCUAUUCGAGAACGACGUAAUUUGCAUAAAGCCACUCGUAAUGCUCUUGGCAUGGCAUGGAAUGGUCCAGUAAAAAAGAAAUCCAAGCUACCAGAUGUAACAUCUCAACCUUUGGAAAUGAAUAAUUCCAGUGAGAACGAAAUUCACACAUCUAAUCGGUUGCAAAAAAGAAAAUUAUCUCCGAAUGAAGAACAUAAUCAAAAAGCCACACAGCACAAGAAAACGAAAAAACCGCGAACAAGUUUGUGAAAGCACUUUGUAAUCCUGUAUUUUUUCUUGUCUACAAUAAAUAUAAAUCAAUCAAUU